GUAAGCUGAUUCUCAGAAUUCUUAGUGAGCCUCUUCUUCAGGAGAACAUUUCUAGGAAAUAAUACAAGGUUAAGGAAUCAUAGUGGACAAACUCAGCAUGUUGCUACAUGACAACUCUGUGACUUCUGACUUGAGAAGAUAUUUUCUCCACUUGAACUCCUUCACCAUUGCUGUAAUCUCAGUUCUCAUCACUAGUUCUCUAGGAGGAACAGAGAAGGAGCUGAGGCUAGUAGGUGGCGAAGACAAAUGUUCUGGAAGAGUGGAAGUGAAAGUCCAGGAGAAAUGGGGAACUGUGUGUAAUAAUGACUGGGACAUGAAUGAGGUCUCUGUGAUUUGCAGGCAGCUGGGAUGUCCAACUGUUAUCCAGUCCACUGAGUGGACUAAUUCCAGCGGAGGCUCUGGACAAAUCUGGAUGAGUCAUGUUUCUUGUCAAGGGAAUGAAUCAUUUCUCUGGGACUGCAAACAUGAAGGAUGGGGAAAGCAUAACUGCACUCACCAACAGGAUGCAGGAGUAACCUGCUCAGAUGGAUCCAAUUUGGAGAUGAGGCUGGUGAAUGGAGGAAACCGGUGUUCAGGACGAAUAGAGAUCAAAUUCCAAAAUCAGUGGGGAACAGUAUGUGAUGAUAACUUCAACAUAGAUAGUGCUUUUGUGGUUUGUAGACAACUUGAAUGUGGAAGUGCUGUCACUUUCUCUGGUUCAGCUAAUUUUGGAGAAGGUUCUGGACCAAUCUGGUUUGAUGAUCUUGCAUGCAAUGGAAAUGAGUCAGCUCUCUGGAACUGUGAGCACCAAGGCUGGGGAAAACAUAAUUGCCAACAUGCUGAGGACGCCGGAGUGAUUUGCUUAGAUGGAGCCAACCUGGACCUGAGAGUAGUAGAAGGAGUCACUAAGUGUUCAGGAAGAUUAGAAGUGAAAUUCCAGGGAGAAUGGGGGACAGUGUGUGAUGAUGGUUGGGAUAGUGAUGAUGCUGCUGUCACAUGUAGGCAACUGGGUUGUCCAACGGCCAUCACUGCCAUUGGCCGAGUUAAUGCCAGCGAGGGAACUGGACACAUUUGGCUUGAUGGUGUUUCCUGCCAAGGACAUGAAUCUAACCUAUGGCAGUGUAAACAUCGAGAAUGGGGAAAGCAUUACUGCAAUCACCAUGAAGAUGCUGGUGUGACAUGUUCUGAUGGAUCAGAUCUGGAACUGAGACUUGUAGGUGGAGGCAGCCGCUGUGCGGGGACAGUGGAGGUGGAAAUUCAGGGACUGCGAGGAAAUGUGCGUGACAGAUCUUGGGGACCCAAACCAGCUGAAGUGGUGUGCAGGCAGCUGAAAUGUGGAUCUGCACUCCAAAGGUCCUAUCAAGCUUUUUCCAAAGUUCAAGCAGCAAACAUUUGGCUGUUUUUAGGCACCUGUGAUGGAAAUGAAACUUCUCUUUGGGACUGCAAGAAUUGGCAGUGGGGUGGACUUGACAGUUAUCACUAUGAUGAAGCCAAAAUUACCUGCUCAGCCCACAGGGAACCCAGACUAGUAGGAGGAGACAUUCCCUGCUCUGGUCGUGUUGAAAUUAAACAUGGCGACACAUGGGGCACCGUCUGUGAUUCUGACUUCUCUUUGGAAGCUGCUGAUGUGCUGUGCCGGGAAUUACAGUGCGGUACCGUCAGCUCAAUCAUCGGGGGAGCUCACUUUGGAGAAGGACAUGGACAGAUCUGGGCUGAAGAAUUCCAGUGUCUUGGGAAUGAGUCCCAUCUUGCUCUCUGCCCAGUAGCUCCUCGCCCUGAUGGGAUUUGCAGCCACAACAGAGACGUGGGGGUAGUCUGCUCAAGAUACUCAGAAAUUCGCUUGGUGAAUGGCAAGUCCUCAUGUGAGGGAAGAGUGGAACUCAAGGUGCUUGGGACCUGGGGAUCCCUUUGCAGCUCUCAUUGGGACAUGGAAAAUGCCCAUGUUUUGUGCCAUCAGCUUCAAUGUGGAGUUGCCCUUUCUACCCCAGGAGGAUCACAUUUUGGGAAAGGAAGUGGUCAGGUCUGGAGGCACAUGUUUCACUGUACUGGAAUUGAGCAGCACAUGGGAGAUUGUCCCAUGACUGCUCUGGGUGCUCGGACAUGUUCUGCAGGGCAACUGGCCUCUGUAAUCUGUUCAGGAAAUCAGAGUCAGACAUUGCAACCCUGUAAUUCAUCAUCUUCAAACCCAACGAGCUCUGCUGUGUCAGAGAAAAACACUGUUCCCUGCAGAGAGAGUGGUCAACUUCGUCUGGUAAAUGGAGGCAGUCGCUGUGCUGGAAGAAUAGAGGUCUAUCAUGAUGGCUCCUGGGGCACCAUCUGCGAUGAUAGCUGGGACCUGAAAGAUGCCCACGUGGUGUGCAGACAGCUGGACUGUGGGUCGGCCAUUAAUGCUACCAGUUCCGCCCAUUUUGGGGAAGGAACAGGGCCCAUCUGGCUGGAUGAGAUAAACUGUAAUGGAAAAGAAACUCAUAUUUGGCAAUGCCGUUCACAUGGCUGGGGCCGGCACAAUUGCAGGCACAAAGAGGAUGCAGGCAUUAUCUGCUCAGAGUUCAUGUCUUUGAGACUGACUAGUGAAACCAGCAAAGAGACCUGUGCUGGACGUCUGGAAGUUUUUUACAAUGGAAGCUGGGGUACUGUUGGCAAGAGGGACAUGUCUGAAACCACUGUGGAUGUGGCAUGCAGGCAGCUGGGCUGUGGGGACAAAGGAACCAUCAUCCCUGAAUCUUCAGACAAGACAAUAUCCAGGUACAUGUGGGUGGACAAUGUCCAGUGCCCAAAAGGACCUGACACAUUAUGGCGGUGCCCUUCAUCCCCAUGGGAACAGAGACUGGCCAGCCCUUCAGAGGAGACCUGGAUGACAUGUGGCAACAAGAUCAGACUGCAAGAAGGAAACACUACUUGCUCUGGACGUGUGGAGAUCUGGCAUAGAGGUUCCUGGGGGACAAUAUGUGAUGACACCUGGGACCUUGAAGAUGCUCAGGUGGUGUGUCGGCAGCUGGGCUGUGGCUCUGCUUUGGAGGCACUAAAAGAGGCGGCUUUUGGUCAGGGAAUGGGGCCCAUCUGGCUCAAUGGAGUGAACUGCAAAGGGGAUGAAGCUUCCUUGUGGGAUUGCCCUCCCGGAAUCUGGGGGCACAGUGACUGUGGGCACAAGGAAGAUGCUGCUGUGAGGUGCUCAGAAAUUUCAGCAUCCAUAAGAUCAUCAGAAGCCAAAGGUCGCUCAUCUGUUGUUGCAUUUGGGGUCUUUGGGGUCUUCCUGGUGGCCUCUCUCAUUGCAGUCCUCUGGUGGACACUGAAGCGAAGGCAGACACAGCGGCUGACAGUUUCCUCAAGAGGUGAGAACUUUGUCCACAAAAUUCAAUACCGGGAGAUGAACUCUUCUUUGAAGACAGAUGACCUGGACCUCCUGACUCCCUCAGGGGACUAGUCUGAGGUCCACUGAAAAGGAAAAUGGGAAUUUAUAACCCCGUGUGCCCAUAAGAUACCUUGAUGAAGAAUUGGACUGUUGAAUGGAGAAGAACCCACCUCCGUCACUCAAGAUGACAGCCCCCUCCUUCGUCCCCUAAUAUUCCAAAGACUGCUGCUCAAUUUAUAAAAAUUAAAUGGUGAAUGUGACUAUUCAAAUUUGUAUAUAAGACUUUCAAGGGGAUGAAAUAAAGUGGAAUAUU